AUUGAUGGUACUCGAGGGCGAAAAUGCCAGGCUAUGCAUGGGCGGGCAUGUGAGGAAAGGAAAACAGGCCUGCACAUGUGGACAGGACCCGACCGUGGCAAUUCGGUUGUAGGUGGUGAUGUUUCUUCGUCUUCUUCAUCGCUGUCUUCAGCUAAUUCGUUUUACAAGGUGUGGAUUUUGGGCUGGAUGAGGGGAUUUUAUUUUGGUGAUUUAAGUGAUUGAGGUGAAAAUGAUUUGAUUAAGCUGUGGUCAAUAGGAAGUGGAUCGACUUUUUGUUCUAAGGAAUCUUGUCUUGCAUUGGCGGAGAGGAUGGAAUGGCUGGAUGGAAUGGUUUUAUAUGAGUUUAAGAGUUUGAUUCUGGAGAAUAGUGAGUGAUGACUGGAUUCAUAUAGGAUUUGAAGAAAUUAUGGUUUUUGGGUAUUCUGGGUUCCUAGAUGGAGUUCUGAUUUUUCUUGUGAACUUUGGGCCUCUGUUCUAUAAAUGAGACUGGAAAAUGAAUAGGUGAUCGCUGUGGGUGUGAAAUUGCUAUUCAUUCCUUGGAACACUGAGUAUAGGACGGACGCAAGAUCAGCAUUGGAGAUUGUGCUCUUUUCAAACCCCCCCGGGAUUCCCCACCUUUCAUUGGAAUAAUUCGGUGGCUGACUACUGGUAAAGAGAACAACAAGUUGUGUGUUAAUUGGCUCUAUCGACCUGCUGAAGUAAAGCUUGGCAAAGGCAUCCUAUUGGAAGCUGCGCCAAACGAAGUAUUCUAUUCCUUUCAUAAGGAUGAGAUUCCUGCUGCAUCUUUGCUCCAUCCGUGUAAAGUUGCAUUCCUUGCAAAAGGUGUUGAACUUCCAUCAGGAAUUUGCUCUUUUGUGUGCCGGCGAGUUUACGACAUUACAAACAAGUGUUUAUGGUGGCUAACUGACCAAGAUUAUAUUAAUGAACGGCAAGAAGAAGUAGAUCAGCUAUUAUAUAAGACAAGCAUAGAAAUGCAUGCAACUGUGCAACCAGGGGGACGUUCUCCAAAGCCAGUGAAUGGUCCCACAUCAACAUCACAGCUAAAACCUGGGUCAGAUAAUGUACACAAUGGUGCCUCAUCCUUUCCUUCUCAAGUUAAGGGAAAGAAAAGGGAGCGAGGAGAUCAAGGCUCUGAGCCUGUUAAACGAGAGCGUUAUUCAAAAAUUGAUGAUGGGGGUUCUGGACACUCUAGGCCUGAAAGCGUUUGGAAGUCUGAGAUUGCUAAAUUUACAGAAAAGGGAGGGCUUGUAGAUUCUGAAGGUGUUGAAAAAUUAGUGCAGCUCAUGCUGCCUGAGAAAAAUGAAAAGAAGAUAGACUUGGCUGGUCGGUCUGUACUGGCCGGUGUGGUCGCGGGCACAGAUAAGUUUGAUUGCCUUAAUAGAUUUGUGCAGCUUAGGGGCUUGCCUGUAUUUGACGAAUGGCUGCAGGAGGUGCAUAAAGGGAAGAUUGGGGAUGGCAGUGGUUCCAAGGAUAGUGAAAAAUCUAUAGAGGAAUUUCUUUUAGUUUUACUCCGUGCACUUGAUAAACUCCCUGUAAAUCUUCACGCCUUACAAAUGUGUAACAUUGGCAAGUCAGUGAACCAUCUGCGCACACAUAAGAACUUGGAAAUUCAGAAGAAAGCUAGAAGUCUGGUCGACACAUGGAAGAAGCGUGUUGAGGCUGAAAUGGAUGCAAAGUCUGGUUCUAACCAGGCUGUUUCCUGGGCAGCAAGACCACGACUUCCAGAAGUUUCACAUGGUGGGAACAGAAAUUCAGGUGCUGCCUCUGAUGUUGCAAUGAAGAGUUCAGUUGCACAACUUUCGGCUUCAAAAAAUGCUCCAGUCAAGCUUGUCCAGGGUGAUACUACAACCAAGUCUGCAUCUCCAUCUCCAUCUCCAGGUUCCAUGAAAUCAGCACCAUCUUCUGCAUCAGUGGGUAAUAACUUAAAAGAGGGACUGCCCAGAAAUACUGGUCUUAAUAGUGGCUCUGAUCCUCCUCUAACAACAGCAGGAGAUGAAAAAAGCAGCAGUUCUAGUCAGUCUCACAACAAUAGCCAAUCUUGUUCUAGUGAUCAUACUAAAACUGGCGGUUAUUCUGGGAAGGAAGAUGCAAGGAGCUCUACUGCCAUUUCAAUGAAUGCAAAUAAGAUCAUUGGCGGUUCUUCUCGGCACCGUAAAUCAAUGAAUGGAUUCUCUGGGCCAACUUCAUCUGGGGUUCAAAAGGAAACUGGGUCAAGCAGGAAUUCUUCCUUGCACAGAAAUCCAGGUUCAGAAAAAUUAACGCAGUCCUCCUUGACAUGUGAGAAGGUGGUUGAUGUUCCUUUGGUAGAUGGGAACAAUCACAAAUUGAUAGUCAAACUGUCCAAUAGAGGUCGUAGUCCUGCAAGAAGUGCUAGUGGGGGAUCAUUUGAAGACCCUUCUGUAAUGAAUAGCAGGGCAUCUUCUCCUGUGCUGUCAGAGAAGCACGACCAGUUUGAUCGUAACUUGAAGGACAAAAAUGAUGCUUAUAGAUCUAAUGUCAUUUCUGAUGUCAUCACUGAGUCAUGGCAAAGCAAUGAUUUCAAGGAGGUGUUGGCCAGGUCUGAUGAGGGAGGUGGGUCUCCUGCCACCGUUGCUGAUGAAGAUAACUGUAGAAGUGGUGAUGAUGCUAAGAAAUUAGCAGAGGGCUCAAAAGCUGCUUCCUCAUCAUCUGGAAAUGAACGUAAACUGGGUAAAUUUAAUGAUGCAUCUUUCAGUUCCAUGAAUGCUUUGAUUGAAAGUGUCAAAUACUCUGAAGCAAAUGUGUCGAUAUGUGCCGGUGACGAUGUUGGAAUGAACCUACUUGCUAGUGUGGCUGCUAGUGAAAUGUCCAAAUCAGAUAUGGCUUCGCCGUCUCCUUCUCCGCAAAGAAACACCACUGUUGCUGAGCACUCUUGCACAAGUAAUGAUUCAAGAUCAAAAUCAUCUCUGAGUGAUAGGCCUGCUCCUGAACAAGGUCAGCCUGUUGAUAGUGAACAUGAGAAGCAGAGUACUAUUACAAGUAAUUCACUGGCUAAGAACACAGAAGUUAAACCCACUUCAUUGUCACAUGAAAAACAAACAGGGGAGGUCACUGGACAUUUGAAGUGUUCUAGCAUGGAUAUGCAGCAUGUUGCAGAAAUAUCCCUAGGAGCCAAUGUAAAAUCAGAAGAAACAUUAAUAGGCACUUCACCAGUCGUGCCCUCUGCUAGCAUGUUAGAGAAGAAUACAAGUGGUGGACAUAUAGAAACGUGGGAAGAAAAGUCACAUGGUAAGUCAAAUGGAGCUGGUCACCCUGAUGCUAAACAAGAGGUAUGCAACUCCUUCGAAACUGAGGUUAAGGCCAAUGUUCCUGGGGUGGUUGGGAAUGAAGGUGUUGCAGGAUCAUGUUCUUACCCGGCUAUGGAGAUUGACAGCAAGAACAAGAAAAAUAAUAAUAGUGAAUUGAAUGUUGCCAUGCAGACAGAGCAGAAACCACCUACUAUGAUGCUUCCCGAGUGUCUAAAGGCAAAUAGAGAAGUGCUGCAUCAUUCUGACUCUGUCAAGGAAGUUAUUUCUGAAAGUGUUGAUGAGUUGAAGGCUAAAAAGGCUGAUGAAACAGACACCAGCAGUCAGACCCCAGGAAAACCAAAAACUGAAGAGGAAAAUAAUAUUGCUUCAUCUGCUGAUCACAAGGGAGGUUCUGUGGAGAGUUUGGAAAAUAAUCAGGGUAAUCAACACAGCAGCAGCCCGAUGCCUUCUGGAAAGGUGUUGCCUGCAGUUGUCCAAGAACCUGAAAAACAGACAAGGCCUGGGGGAUCAAACUUAAAUAGCAUUGAAGCUGAUGAAGCUGAAGAGUGUACAUCUGCAGUUGUGGAUGCUGCUCCUUCAUUUUCUGCAGUGCAGUCGGACAUAGAAGCAAAAGUAGAAUUUGAUUUGAAUGAAGGUUUUGAUGCUGAUGAUGGAAAAUUUGGAGAAUCAAGUAACAUCACAGCCCCUGAAUCUUCUACUGCUGUUCAAUUAAUUAGCCUCUUGCCUUUACCUGUUUCUUCUACUUCCAGUGGUCUUCCUGCUUCAAUUACAGUAGCUUCAGCUGCAAAAAGGCCAUUUGUUCCCCCAGAGGAUUUACUGAGGAAUAGGGGAGAACUUGGUUGGAAGGGAUCUGCAGCCACAAGUGCAUUUCGGCCAGCUGAACCUAGAAAAGCAUUGGAGGCACUAGUAAGUUCAAUGAGUAACUCUCUUCCUGAUGCACCUGCCACCAAGCCUAGUCGUCCUCCAUUAGAUAUUGACCUGAAUGUUCCUGAUGAAAGAAUACUUGAGGAUAUUGUUUCACGAAGUAGUGCUCAGGGUACAAGUUCUAUGUCUGACUUCACAAAUAAGCGAGAUCUUUUGCAUGAUAAAACAGUGGGUUCUGCACCUGUACGGAAUUUUGGGGGACUUGAUCUUGAUUUGAAUAGAGUGGAUGAGCCCACUGAUAUGUUUAAUCACUUGACGAGCAAUGGUCAUAAGCUGGAUGUGCAGCUUCAGCCGAUCAAAUCAUUAUCAGGUGGUAUUCUUAACGGUGAGGUGAGUGUCCGCAGGGACUUUGAUUUGAAUGAUGGACCUCUUGUUGAUGAGAUGAGUGCAGAACCAUCACCAUUUGGUCAGCACACCAGGAGCAAUGUACCAUCACAUCCAUCUGUUUCUGGUCUUCGGAUUAACAAUCCAGAAAUAGGGAACUUUUCUUCAUGGUUUCCGCACAGCAAUCCAUAUCCGGCUGUCACGAUCCAAUCUAUCUUGCCUGAUAGAGGAGAGCAGCCUUUUCCAGUAGUAACACCUGGUGGACCGCAGAGAAUGUUGGCUCCCCCAACUGGCAGCACACCAUUUAGUCCUGAUGUCUACAGGGGUUCGGUCUUGUCAUCUUCUCCAGCUGUGCCCUUUCCAUCCACACCUUUUCAGUAUCCGGUCUUUCCUUUUGGAACCAACUUUCCUCUGCCAUCAGCCACAUUUUCAGGUGGUUCAACAACCUAUGUGGAUUCAUCAUCUGGUGGGAGGCUAUGCUUUCCUGCAAUGCACUCUCAAGUGUUAGCACCUGCUGGUGCUGUCCCAUCCCAUUAUCCAAGGCCUUUUGUAGUUAGCCUUCCAGAUAGUAACAAUAAUGGAAGUGUUGAGAGCAGCAGGAAAUGGGGAAGGCAGGGGCUAGACCUCAAUUCGGGGCCUCUAGGUCCAGACAUAGACGUGAGAGAUGAGACGUCUACUCUUGCAUCAAGGCAAUUGUCUGUUGCCAGUUCACAGGCUCUUGCAGAGGAGCAAUCAAGGAUGUAUCAAGUUGCAGCAGGCGGUUUGUUGAAGAGGAAGGAGCCAGAUGGAGGAUGGGAAGGUUAUAAGCAAUCAUCAUGGCAAUAAAGAUGCUUGAUUCAGAGUCCAGUGAUCCCUGAAGCCUAUCUGAUGGUGUUGGCAACUCUCAGGGAUCUUCAUCUAACCUGUACUCUUCAAGGAUGGGUGGUAAGUGAAUUAUUUGAUGUUGUUCAGUCUCCGACCCCCACCCUUUCUCAUUGCCAGUUGUGUGUUAAAGGAAUCUGUUCAGGAUCUUCGAGCUGGUAUUUCCUUGAAUUUGUACUGGGUGACUGCAGUUCACUUUUCCCUUUGUAGAUAUUUAACUGUUGGAAAGCAUGCAGUCUGUGUUACCCAGACAUUGAAAUUUGGUCCCCAUACUGUUGUUCAGUGCAUCAGCAAUAUAUACUUUUGGACCCAAAACCAUCCUUCCUUUUCCAGCCAUUGCUAUAAUGGUGGUUGGGUUAGUGAACUGCUUUAAACAGAAGCCCUUUUGUAUGUGCUUUGUUGUUAAUUUAUCUCUGUUCUUUUCCUCUUUACUUUAGUCACAUAUAUAAGCAGAGUGAUCAGCGAAUUUUGGUACUUGAGCUUUUCUUGUUCUGGAAUAUGCUUUAGUUGCUAUGGUUGAUGUUGUAUUCUAAUUUUUAAUUUAUUUUAUUGAUUAACCCUCCAUGUAGAUUAUCUGCUGAACAGUGAAGUUGUAGCCUACUUCACUAUUGAUAUUCACAUAAAGGCAUUCAAAUGUUUAAGAUUUGUAUUGUGGUAUCCCUCCCUUCAUCCCCACUUCUUUUAUUACUCUACUCGAAGCCUGUGGUUUACCAGGUGUGAUUGUAUGCAGUGGCUGAUCCAGGCAUUUUUUCUUUCUGCGGUCAAUAACAAACCUCUUAAUUUUUUUUCA